AUGGCAGUCGUCAGGAUAAAGAGGUUCAGGUUCACAUCACAGUCAUAUAUGAUCAUCAUGGAGAUGGAGGUGCUCAAUGACUGUGACCUUGUGGAAGGUAAUUCAUUCUUGGGACCAUCAGAGAGCAUUGGCACACUGCAUCCCAGAGUUGUGGCAAUAUCAUCAUCCCCCGACCUCAAUCCAACCCAACUAUGGUUGUUUGAUCAAUCAACACCAAUCGGUCACAAGCUCCUAUAUCUCUCAAUCAUACCCAAGUUGGGAUGUCUACCCGACAACCUAUUAACUCAUAAGCAGGAUAUAUUCAACACUAUUGUAUCAUCAAUGGUGACAGAUAUCUUAUUGGAACGACAUGGCAGCACGAUAUCAUUUGUGAUGGAUCUUAUUAGAGAUGUGAUUGGCAUUCAAUCCAAUCAACAGCGAUUGAUUGAGGAGAUAUCAAUAUCUGAUCGACCAUCAUUGGAUCAAGCAUUCGUUGUGUUCUCUCCUUUCAUUCGAUCAUUCAACUCACCACACCUCAUUGAUUGCUUUGAGCGACUCGAGGAUGUUAUCAACAAGAAUGACCUCAUCAAGUUGAUCGACAUUGACUCAUUCAUUCAUAUCGAGGACAGAGUAAUGGAUUGUUUAUCCAAAGUUAGUCAAUACCACAAUGGAUACAGCCGCCAAUCACAUGAGCAGUAUAUGUUGCUACUUGAUGGCAUCAGUCAGUUAUUGGAACGUGCCAACCAGCCAUCACAGACAUUGAGAGUGAUUGGUCGGCUUCGCCACUCAAUCACUAUUAGUACUAUUGAGGGUUUGGGCCAAAUCGAUUGUUUUGAGCUUGCCAUCAGAGGUGCAAUCAAGCUAUUCGAGUUGUCCAAUCGACAGACAACACACAUGAUUGAUAUUGCAUUGACCAACGUGUCACAACACAAUGGAAUCGACUAUCAUUCACUCAUCGAUGAGAUGUUUGAUCAAUAUCCAUCAGAGAUCAUACGGUACAUUGGACAUGUACGAAACACUGCGACUCUUUAUCACACUUCCAGAUAUUACAAUCCGCCCAAGUGGUACUUCAUGAUCAAGUGCAACAGAGUAGGAUACCUGGAUGACGAUCAUGUUGCCAACUACAUCAACCAUAAUGUGCAUCCAGAAGGAGGUUAUCAUUACUCAUAUGCCUUGGAGACAAUCAUCAUGGACGAUCAAAUGCACAAACUACAUCCUGCAGUAGCAUUCCAGCUUCUCAAACAUCAAUACCUCUACACAUAUCUCUCCAGAGAUAGCUACAUGGCAAGAAGAUUCAAAGACAUCAAGACACGAAUGAUGGACAGGGUGGACAAGGAGCAUCCAGACUACAAUCACAACAGUGAGCAGUUUGAUCAGUUCAAACAACAAUCAUUUAAAAGAGAGAACAAGUCACGUCCAGCCAUGAGAUACACAUACUACAAAGUGCCUGGCAUCUCAUAUCCAACUUCAUCUUCAACACCAACACCAACACUCCCACCUCUGAUCAUCAAACUGAUUGUCGAGAUGGUUGUUCUGGCCGAUCACCUCAACAUGGAAUGGGUGUUGAUGCUCUCCACAGUUUCCAAACAGUUCCACAAUGCAGUCAGCAUGACAUUGUCCAACAAUGUGAUCACAACAUUGAACAUUCACUCAAUGAUCAAUCAUAUUGGAUCACAAUACUGUAUGUUCAAGACACCACCACUUCACAUGGAUAUGAAACAUCUGAUGCGCAUUCCAGAUGAGCAUCUCUCAGCAUGUUUGGAUGGUCUCCAGUCAUUAAUCGUACCAUUCACAAUUUCCGAACCUCAUGAUGGCAUUGGAGAAGUUAUCUUUUACCUCGUGGACGCUCCUCAGCUCAGUCAGAUCAAAUUCACCAGACAUUGA